UGGGGAUUUUUUUCAUUCGAACAUACACCUCCCCUUUCCCAAACAAGCAGUCAGUCUGUCAAUGUGCUCCGAGCGUUAGGCAAGUCAAACGAGUGGGAUUUUGAACUAGUGAGACGGGGGACAUAUCGAAUGGAAACCAUUGGAAGCUAUCCAGAUUCCAAAUGACUCGCCACAUCAGACAGGCGAGUCUAUAACAUACGAAGAUGAGUUAAAGUUCGAUUUAUUAUUCAAAGUUUUAUUCUGCUCUUGUUCGUCUGGUAAAGGCUGAAGUUGAAUAGGCUGGAAAUCUUCUAGCCUUCAGCUCUCUUUCUAGUCCAGUGUUUUGAUGUGUUAUGUGAUAAAUUGAUUGCUGGAUUUGUCAACACCACCUGAGUUCGUUUGUUUGAAUUGCCAGUCUCAUUUACAAAUCGUUUGGGAAAGGAUAUUGAUUUACUCACUGGAAGAGAAGAGAAAGGACGCGCAGUGUGGAUCAAACCGUGCAAUGACAAAUCCACCGACCAGCGAGCAUCAACACGUCCUUCUGAUGGAGCUACUGUUCUAAAACCGGGGGGAAAAGACUUCUAUUUUUAAACACAGCAUUUGCGCUCAUGUCUCGAAUCUUUUGAAACUACAAUUUAUUUAUCGGAGUAAAAACUCAAAAGAAAAUAAGAAGUAGAAAGGAAUGGGAGAGUAACCGAAGAGAAUCGGCGAAGAGAACAAGGGAACAUUGUUUGGAAAACACAAUUAUAGGAAACACCAACACGCAACAGAAAAUAGCUCUCCUCGAGCGCCUAUCAAAUCCGGAUAGAAAUCGAUUCAACGGGAGUUAUUUUUUGUGGAAGAAGGGGAGUGGUGCUCAAGCCAUUGAACACAGCUAGAGCAACUUUCUCUGCCGUAGUUGUCAAUUACUACAUUGUGUGCUCUAUUAUUCGUUUUAUAUCCAUGCGGUUGCCCAAGGCACGAUAUUUCCUCCUCGCGCAUUGAGUGACUCACCUAUAGCUUACACGGCCAUAGCCUUUGUUUGGACAGCACCCCAUCUACAUCCUUAUAGAAAAUAUACCAUUUAUUUUUAAAUGGGGUUAAAUCACAGGGGUUGUGGAGUUGCAAUGGCGUGUCGGAGAAGUGGGAGUAAACUGGGAUUUGUCCUGAUAUUCUUACUGGAUUUACUGGGAACGGCGGUGAGCAACAUGGAGCCUAUCUACUGGAAUUCAUUGAACAAAAGGUUUUUGGACGAUAAGGGCUACGUCCUCUACCCUCAGAUUGGGGAUCGUCUGGAUCUCAUCUGUCCGUCGUCGGACCCCCCCAGCCAGCGGGCCCCCGCCGAGUACGAGUUCUACAAGCUGUACCUGGUGUCGUCACGUGAGCAGGCGGACAGGUGUGAGGUGACGGGCGCGCCCAACCUACUGCUCACCUGUGACAAGCCCAACAAUGACAUGAGGUUCACCAUCAAGUUCCAGGAGUACUCUCCUAACCUGUGGGGACACGAGUUCAAGACCAACGCUGACUACUACAUCAUCGCCACGUCAGAUGGGACGCGCCAGGGCCUGGAGAGUAUGAGGGGAGGAGUGUGUGCCACGCAGGGCAUGAAGGUGAUCCUCAAAGUGGGACAGAACCCAUAUGGACUGCCCCCGAAACCUGCCAAACCAGACCAAAGUGCGGGCCGUACCAACACCAGAAAUACAGGUGGUGCUGGUAACGCCACCCAUCCCAGAGUUCCUAGCGAUGGCGCCGGGGAUUCGGGAGGCGCGGGGGGCGAGAACGGACCCCUCCCCCCCUCCAACGUGGCCGUCAUCGCCGGCGCUGCAGGGGGCUCCGCCUUCCUCCUCCUGGUCACCGCGGUGAUCUGCGUGGUGUGUUACCGGCGGCGACACGCCAAGCACUCGGAGUCCCACCACCCGCCUCUGUCACUCUCCUCCCUCACCAGCCCCAAGAGGCAUGGCGGCGGGCACGGCGGCGGCCAUGGGGGCGGUAACAACAACGGCUCGGAACCCAGUGACAUCAUCAUCCCGCUGCGGGCUUCGGACUCGGCGUACUGCCCUCACUACGAGAAGGUGAGCGGGGACUACGGUCACCCCGUCUACAUCGUCCAGGAGAUGCCCCCCCAGAGUCCAGCAAACAUCUACUACAAAGUAUGAGGGCAGUUGCCAUGACAACCUACAGUACUACCAACUACCAUCUUACCCUGUCCUGUACAGUACAGUACCACCUACAGCCCACCUAUAGUACAGUACCACGUAAAACCUACCUACAGUAAUCCAUCACUGACCUACCCUCCAAAACCACCAAGACCUUCAGGGUCUUAUACAGUAUCUGAACUUCCCUAUCCAACCCCAGUCCAGCCACAGGUGUGUGCAUCUAGCUAACUGAAGAGGCCAUCCGUACGCCCACCACUCUUCACUCGACUGUGUCACUAAGCUAAGUAUGGAGGGUUUAGUAUAUAGUCCCCACCGGCCCCUUAAAAGAGGACAGGACUGGCAAGAGACUCUGGGGCCCACUUUUCUUUUUUUUGUCUCACCAUGAAUCAACCCCCCCCACCCACCAGAGCUGAAGAGAAGAGUCCCCUCCCUGUACACCAUGAGGAUAAGUGUGUGAGAACAUGCACACCAAGCUAGUGUGAGAGAACACACACUAGUACCGCCACAACUUGGACUUCUGGGACUCUGACCCCUAGAAAACCCUCUGACCAACCACAUCCUGAGAUCUCUGUAUUUCUCUAAUGCUCCUGUCCUGUAUCAGACCUAUCUGCCUCCUGAUUGGACCCUGAGGCUAACUGUGGCCCUUGAUGUUAUAACUCACAAAUAGGAUCCUAGUUUGUUUGUGUGUGUAUGGUUUCUCAUUGGACCAGGGGCCUCUGACUCUCUCACCCAAUCAGAAAGCUGAGCUGGGGUCACGUGAUCAACCGGUUAGACCAAUCGAGUCUUAGUGACAUUCAGAAUCUUGUAUAUUUUAAUAACGUGUGUGUGUGUGCGUGCGUGCGUGUGUGGGAGACUAGGAUAAUAAUUCUGACACUGCUGUUGCACAGAAGUGUGUGUGCAGUUAUUGUGCUUUAGUACAGUGUGUGUGUGUGUGUGUCUGUGUGUGUGUGUGUUAAUCUGUGUAUACGCUACAUGCGAGUGAAUGUGUGUGUUCGCGUGUCUUUAGACUUGUCUUAAAAACCAAAACACAAAAAAGUGAGUGAAUAUAAAAGGUGAGUUUUUUUUAUCGCUAGCAACACUUACAGAUUAUAUAUGAAUAUCCAGUCAAUCAUUUCUAGACGUCUUGUUUUUUUUAAUCGUUUUUUAUUUUGAUUCCUCCACUUGUAAAACAACACUUCUGUUAUACUGCUAGAUCUUUUUUAUCCUGUGCUUUCUUGUUUGCUAUUUAGAAACCUGACCCUGUUUCCUUCCUCUUUGAGUUGUAAAUGAAUUGAAUCUCUUUGUUUUUCUUUCCUUGGCGAACUGAGGUCGUUUCUCUCUCCCUCUCUCUCUCUCUCUCAUCGCCUCCCUCCCCCCUCUGGGCCUCCCCCUAUGUAUAUUUUUAUAGUUCUUGUACUAUGCUGUAGUUUUGAAGUUUAGACCUCGUUUGUGGAAGUUGUUGAGGUAGAAACCAUCUAUGAAAGUUUUUUUCAAACGCUUUUGAGCACAAGGAAAAGCAAGGGGGGAAAUGAACGAGGGCGGGUUCCAAAUGAAAUGAAAUAGAAUGAAAAGAAAGAGCGGGAACCGGAGUCGCUGUCUAGGGGGAAAAGAGAAAGAGCGACUGGAUGUGGAACUUUUUUUUUUUUUUUAAGAGAGAAAAGACUGAAGAAGGAAUUGCACACUAAAGAAAAGAAAGAGCGCGAGAAGAGACGGAAGAAGUGGGGGGAUGGGAGGUGAAGUGAGCGAUGAGAGAGAGAAGAAUCCCUGGGAAGGAUAGAGAGAGUGAAACAUUGACUGUGGCGGAAGAGAGGAGCCUUUCCUUUAAUGGAGUGCUGAGAAGGAGUGAUGGACCCUGGGAGGACGGAGGAAAGGAACAGACACACAGCUGAAAUGGAUUUCAGGGGGAAACCUCACUGUGGAAUAAGGAGGAGAGAUUUCAUCUAAAACACACACACACACAUUGACAGAUAGACACACAUUCAAGAGAACAGACACAGACAAUUCUCUUUUCUCCGAAGGGAAAUGGCACGUUUCAAAUUCUCCCGAUUUCCCCCUUAAACAGCUUUAUGUAUCAGACACACUCUACACUGAUUAUAUCGACACAGACACACUGAGCCCUCUCACAUUCUCUUUCACUGUCAUAACACGCACACACAUACAUGCCGUACAUGUAUACGCCAAUUUCACACACACUCUCUCUGUCUGGCUCUCUCUGCAUCCCUCUCUCUGCCACACACACACAUUGAUUGCUCCCAUGCGGCUCCCUAUUUCUGACACAGUCCUGGCUUUGAUACACACCUCUGUGUGUGACAGAAGGAUUAAAAGAGGGUGUGCGCGCCCUGUUUUUGUGCGUGUGUGUACAUGUUUAGCUAUACUCGUGGGGACCAGAAGUUCCCACAAGAAUAGGAAACAAGCAAACAUUUGACCGACUGGGGACAUUUCGUUAGUCCCCAGGUUAGGGAAAAUAAGGUUUUUGAAUGGGACUGAAUUGUAUCUUCCCACAAGGUUAGUUAUACAAGACUGUGUUUGUAUGGGUGUUUUUCUGAAACCAGUUCCUGCCAUUCUCUUAGCCUGGUUAAUUAGUUUUCACACCCUCUUUCGAAGGCAAAGCCUUCUUCAAACGUGCCGUGUGUUAAGUUGUGCUGUAUCGGCGAGCUGCUCCUUAGUAUCGUUGAGUGUUAGACCCACGGCGCGUUCAAAACAGGCACGACGACCUGCAAAUGCACACAUACGCUAACAAAAUAGCAGACAAUAGGUGCCGUGCCACACAUUGAAAUAUCUCUCGUGCUCAACAGGUGGAUGUUUGUUCCCAGAGCUUCACCCCACGUGUCUUUUAUUCAUAUGCCCACCUGCUCAAAAAGCUUUAUUUGAAAUAUCGCUUUCAUCUUCUUUUUUUUACUACGACACCUACUCUCUGUUUUACAUCAUUUGUACGUUGUGGAAUCUGUUCCCAUUAUGCUUUUUGAACUUAGAAAGUGUUACGGAGAAGUUGACUAAUUAGGGUAAAAGUUUCACCCCAAUUUCUGUACUGCAGCAUCAGGAUCUUGGUAUUUAUGUAUGUGGGAAUCUGUCUUGUCUCCUGUACAAAUACACGACCACCAGGAAUACUGUAUCCCUUCAAAAACACGCUCAAAGCCAAACUACAAACGCUCUCCGAGUUCUGAAAUCCUCUGACACUCUAAAUGACAGUAUUUGACAAAGGUGGCUGCUGCCAUGAACAUAAACACUUGGAGAAACUUCCUGGACUUUGUGGAGUUGUGGAAUCCAAGUGUGGAAUCCCAAUGCUGCUCAUUCGCAAAAUGGUUCCUUCUCUCUCUCCUCUCCCUCUACAUCCUCCUCUCAUCUUUUUUUUCACCGAGGAGAAUCUCCCUCCGGGACUCAAAGCUUGGGCUUUUUUGUUGUCAUGUCAGUCGGUGUUUUACUAAAAGGUUGUCUCUCUCUUUCACUGUUUGCUUUUGACUGUUUUCAAUGUGUUGGAUUUUUUCUCAUGGAUGCUUCUCAUGGAUCCUCAUUUCAAAAAGAGAGGUUUCUUGUUUUGUGAAAACGCAGCCCCCUCCACCCCACCCCUCUGUUGGUGUGUGUGAGUGUGUUUCCUUGUCCCAAUAGCCAGCAGGUCGAGGCGACAGGGAGCCGGCUGGCUCUUGAAUGUGAUGUCUUGAGACUUUUUGUAUUGGGACACCACUGUGUGAGAUGGGUUUGUGUCUACCUUCUCCUUUCCGCUCCCCCCAUCCCUCCCGUCACUAUGACCUCCUCCUCCUCUCUUUCUCUCCUCCAACACACCUCUAAAGGGAGGAAAAAACUAGUACAUUCCUGCUUUGGAAAAAUGUUGAUUAAAAAAAUGAUGUUUAAGCACCA